ACCUUUCCAACGUGGGACUGCCGCGCGACGCGACGUCAAGUAAGAGUAAACGGUCAACACCACAUCCGGUUACCGUCUUAACAAUAAAAGUAUAACUGGUAAAUAUUGCUGGCAAGAUUCACAACAGAGCCGAAAGACGUGGCGCUAAUCUGCAUAUUUAUAUAAUAAAAUCGGUCAUGUUAGCAUGAUUAAGAUUUUUGUUUCCACAAUACGGGUUUUAGUUUGCAUUCAAACUUUAUUUUGGGAGGUCAGCGUUUGUGCAUCCGGCAAAUAUGGCUAGCUUGUUAAGUGGGGGCUGCUGUUUUCUGUUGAACGUGACGAGAUUCCAGCACAAACCCGAGAUUACCGCCGCUGGUGGGAUGUCUGACUGAAACACCGGAAAACCGACUCUAGGGAAAGACCACUGACACUUGUAAUUGUUUUUAUUAUAAAUACCGGGUCUUGAGUAGCUAAGGGUGAAGUUUGAGCUAACGUUAGCUUCACGGUAACGGUUUAACGGUCCGUCAAACAUGUCGGAGGAGGUGAGUCUGUACGACCUGCUGAACCUAUCCAUCGGGACCCCCCAGAAGUCCUCCGUGAACUUCGGCGCCCUCCACUCGCUGCUCGCUGCCAUGCUGAAACAGCUGAAUCUCCGGGAGGUGAAGACCCGGUGGAGGGACUCCUCUCCGGGUUAUUGGAGCCCUGAUCUCACGGCGGCAGAGCAGGAGGUUCAGGUGGAGGUUCAGCCGGACACUGACUUCCAGAAUCGGGCAGCCACUCCCUCAUGCCCGGGCCCGGUCCCCGACCAGCUGAACCUCCUUUCCCGCAUCCAGACAUGUGAGGACGGCCUCUCUAAGUCGACGAGGCUGAUCCUGGACCUGAACGAGCAGAACGAGCGUCUGAAGGAGCAGAUGGAGGAGCUCCGGCAGCAACACGAGAUGGUCGGUGACGCUUUGGGGACGGCCGCUCGGGUAGAGAGCUGCUGCCACCGUGUGGACGCUCUGGAGGACACUGUGAAGUCUCUGAGGGACGCAGUUCUGCCCGGCGACAGAGAGGGCGAGACAGAAAAAUUCCAGAAGGAGCCUGGAGAUUCAGGGAUCGAUAAUCAGCUCGUGGCAGCCAAACAAACCUCCUCGCCUUCCGGCAGUGACCUCACCGAACCUCCUCAAAGCAGCACACCUCCCUCCUCCCACCCCGACAAGGUCACCGUUGGACCAGCAGCUCCAAGUUCUCCAAAUAAAUCCGAGUGCUCUUCGGUCCAGUCAGGGCCGCCUCCACAGGCUGGUGUUAAAGCAGACUCUGCUAGUAAACCUCCAGCUUCAGAUUCCAACAGCUCCACACCAUCCACAGAGGCAGUGGAGGCCCUGAGGAGUGUGAGCCAGCUGCAGGAGAGGCUCGUCCAGGUGGAAGCUCACGUAGCGGUGUUAGAGAAAGGAAAGGCAGACCAGAGUCAGCUGGCUCAGCUCAGAGAGCUCAUCGCCACCAAAGGUUCCCAUGGAGACGCGUUCAGUAACCUGAUGGAUCAGCUAAAUGAGCAGAGAGGUUUGCUAGACCACCUGAUGAGCGACCGAGGAAAGCUGGACGCCUUGGAGGACAUGCUCAUGAGCCUGAUGAGCCCACACAAAGAAAGCGCCUCCGAGGUAUCUAUAGAGAGGGCGGAGUUACAAGUGUCAGAGUGGGCGGAGUCAGAAGCUUCAGAGAGGGCGGAGUCAGAAGCUUCAGAGAGGGCGGAGCCAGAAGUGUCAGAGAGGCUGGAGCAAAAGGAAGCUUCGGAGAGGGCGGAGUCAGAGGUUUGCAGAAGAGUGGGUUCAGACAGCGAAGGUUACCGAGAGCUCAGAGAGCAAAUAUCCUACCUCAGGAAGCGUGUGCAGUGGCUGGAGGAGGACGUGAAGCAGACUCAGUGUGAGGAGAAAGCGGCAGACCAACAGCUACAACGUCAGCUGGACGACCUGCGGGGAACGCUGGAGGACACAAUCUUGUCCUUCACAUCUCAGCUGUCCACGAGUCUAUGCGAUGAGGCCGUGCAGGUGGAGAGUGGUGGUCCGAGCGUCCGUCAGAGCGAAGAGUGGUCAGCUCUGAAUGCCAGAACAACAAACAUUGGAGAGAAGCUCAGCUUUCUGUUCGAGCACUACCAGCAGCUGCAGGACGCGGUGAACAGACUGAUCCAGCAGCAGGGCGGAGCCAGAGAAGGGCCGCCGCAGGACCGAGAGGCAAGCCAGAGCAGGAACAUGGAGCUGGUGAACGGCGUGCAGCAGGCGAUGCUGCAGCUUCAGGCCGACUGUAAGAAGCUAAACGAGACGAUGAGUUCGCUGCACGAAGACAGCAAACGCAAGCAGAGACACAUCGAGGAGCUCUACAAGACGACGGAGGAGCUGGAGGUGAACAAGGCCGACAAGCAGAUGGUCGAGAGUGAAAUCAGAGCAGACAAAUCGGCCCUGGAGGGGAAAGUGAGCCGGCUGCAGCUCGACUCGGUGACGGAGCAGCUGAGCGGGAUGUUCCACGAGCUGCUGAACAAGGUGACGAGUCAGGAGCAGGACUGGCACAAACUCAUGGGCAAGCUCUCCACCGAGAUGGAGUGUAAGCUGAACCGGAUCGAGCUGGACUCUGUGAAGAAGCAGCUGGAGGAUCGCUGGAGGAGCAUCCACGAGAAGCUGCAGGCUCAGGCGGCGCCGGAGUACGAGGACGCCGCCGGGAUCAGGAAACAGCUCGUGGAGAGAUUCCACUGCCUCUCCUGCGACCGGCCCAUCGUGAAGCACACGCCCGGACCGCAUCUGGUGACGCUGCCCUCGUUUCCUGCAUUCCCCUCGCACAAGUCCAUCCGGCCGUUCACCGUUUACACCAUGGAGCAGUUACGCCAGCACUACCGGAGCCAGCAGCCAGGCACCAACCGCUGCAGGUACGAGGCAGCUGAGGCGUGCAGGAGCAGGGAGCGGCUUCAGCGGAGCCGCGUCACCGCGUGCAGGCAGAUAGAGAGCGUAGAGAUGCAGGGACGGCCGCAGCACAGCGAUGGCACGAACACAGCGCAAGGCCAGCACGAGCGCAUAUCUGAGCUGACGGAUUACGGUCACCUGGCUGCGGCGCGGAGCUGCGGCGGGAGUCACCACACCAACGCUGCAGGCAGCCAGCGCCGUGGCGGCCCGCAGUACACAAAACUCCACGGUGAGGUGGACGGUGCGAUUCAGUCGGAGGAGGUGGAUAUCGUUGGACUGGACGGGCGCAUUUACAAAGGGCGCCUGAACGUCCCGGCCUGCAGGAACUCCGAAACUAAACUGCCAACGAUCCCCACCAGAGACGGCGUGUAUAAGAGUAAGGACAAAGCCAAGCCUGCUGCCUCUCCGGAGGUGGGACCCAGCACUCCUCUUCAUCCGCCCUGCAGUCCCAGGAGCGCAGCGUGCAGCCGCUCGGCAUCCAGCUGCUCCGGUCGUGAUUGGCCCGUCUCGGCUCUGGGCUGUGCGUCUCAGAGCUCCAUCGCUCAGGGUUCAGCUGCAGCUGACAGCACCGCAGAGCCUCCAAGCAACGAGCCCCCCAACCUGUAGGGGGCAGCGUCUGCCUCCAUGUUGUGUUGAGUUUGCGAGUGCAGACAGAGGUUCGGGCAACCUCCUCCUGCUUAUCGUCCAGACUACACAUCCCAGAAACCCCCUGUGAUGUGGCUCUGUACUUAUUUUUUUCACUCUGAAUAUUGUUGUUAACAGAUAAUAAACUUUAGUGUGAAUUUAAUCACUUUUUAGAACAUCAGAUAUUAAACAUCAAACAGAUGUUAUUUAUCAUAAGUGAGCCACGUUUAACGUUUUAUCUUAAAGGAUCCUUUUGAUGUAAUUCACAGUAAAACGUCACCGAGUCUGUCUGAA